AUGGAUACUACCCACGGUUAUGUUAACCUACUGAAUAGUCAAUCUUCAGUUGACCUUGAUUCACUCGGACCUGCUUGGUUCAGUAGACAAUGUCCUGAUGAGUCUGGUGUCAAGGAGAGGAGGAAAUGGUCUCCCAAAGAGGAUAAAAUCCUUAUUGGUGCUUGGCUUAACACCAGUAAAGACCCUGUGGUCAGCAAUGAGCAGAAAGCUGGUGCUUUCUGGAAGAGGAUUCAAGACUACUACAACGCAAGCCCUCACUUGGUUGGGACAACACCUAGAGAGCUUAGAAGUGGUGAAAAUGAUGAUGAUGAGAUGAAAGCUGCCCUAAAAAUCUUCUACAAUGACUACUCCAUCAAGUUCAACCUGGAACAUGCCUGGAGGGAGCUGAGACAUGACAAGAAAUGGUGUUCCACCUAUCUGGCUAAGGACAGUGUGAAGGAAAAGCUCAAACAAGUGUUGGAGGUUGACGGAGAAGAGGCAAUGGGUAGACCUGUUGGGGUGAAGGCUGCUAAAGCUGCUAGUAAGAGGAAGAAGAAUGCUAAAGAAGAGGAGUUGCCAAAGUUACAGGGCCUGUUUGAAAUCAAACAGAAAAUCUCUAACCAGAAACUGUUUGAUCGUUUACUUGUCAAAAAAGAGCCACUCUCUGAGAUGGAAUUAUCUCUUAAACUCAAACUUAUGUCUGAGAUGUUAUGA